AGGGAUAGUGUUACUGCUUCACUCCUCUGUUCCACCAAACUAUACAACGUACACAGGAAGAAAAAAGAGGUUCAAUGGGUAAUUAUAAAUCAAGACCAACUCAGACGUGUACAGAUGAGUGGAAGAAGAAGGUGAGCGAGUCGUACUCCGUGAUCAUCGAGAGGCUGGAGGAUGACCUACGCAUCAAAGACAGCGAGCUGAUAGACCUCAAACAGGUCUUCAGCUCUGAUGAAGCUUUCCAGAAAGUGAACUUGAAUUACCGGACAGAGAGCGGGCUGUCCCUGUUGCAUCUCUGCUGCAUGUGUGACGGGAAUAAAGUCCACAUACGGACUCUGAUGUUGAAAGGCCUACGUCCAUCCAGGCUUACCAGGAAUGGGUUCACUGCUCUACACCUGGCUGUCUAUAAGGACAAUGCUGAGCUGGUGACGGCAAUGCUCCACGGAGGGGCAGACAUCCAGCAAGUUGGGUACGGUGCCCUCACCGCCCUGCAUAUCGCCACCAUCGCUGGGCACCAUGAGGCAGUGGAUAUCCUUCUCCAGCACGGAGCCUAUGUCAACGUCCAGGAUGCUGUGUUCUUUACUCCUCUGCACAUUGCUGCUUACUAUGGCCACGACCAGGUGGCUAAACUGUUGUUGAAGUUUGGGGCGGAUGUAAAUGUGAGCGGGGAGGUGGGAGACAGACCGUUACACCUGGCAGCCGCCAAGGGCUUCCUCAGCGUCGUCAAACUGCUGCUGGCAGAAGGGAGCAAGACUGAAGUGAAUGCUCAGGACAACGAGGACCACGUCCCGCUCCACUUCUGUGCCCGUUUCGGCCACCAUGAAGUGGUCCGCUUCCUGUUGCAGGGCAACUUUGAGCUGCAGCCUCACUCCGUCAACAUCUACGGAGACACCCCUCUCCACCUGGCCUGCUACAAUGGCAAGUUUGAGGUGGUGAAGGAGAUUGUGCAGCUGUCAGGCACAGAGAGUCUGUCCAAGGAGAAUAUAUUUAGCGAGACCGCCUUUCACAGUGCCUGCACCUAUGGGAAGAGUCUGGAGAUGGUCAAGUGCCUGCUCGGUCAGAAUGCCAUGAGCAUCAACCAUCAGGGUCGAGACGGACACACAGGUCUGCACAGUGCAUGUUUCCACGGCCACAUACGUCUGGUCCAGUUCCUAUUGGACAGCGGGGCAGAUAUGAACCUGGUGGCCUGUGACCCCAGCCGGUCCAGUGGGGAGAAGGAGGAGCAAACCUGCCUCAUGUGGGCCUAUGAGAAAGGUCAUGAUACCAUCGUCACUCUGCUCAAACACUACAAGCGUCCCCUGGACGACUCCCCCUGUAAUGAGUACUCUCAGCCUGGCGGAGAUGGGUCCUACGUGUCUGUGCCGUCUCCCCUGGGCAAGAUCAAAAGCAUGACUAAAGAAAAGGCAGAUGUUCUUCUCCUCCGGGCCAGCCUCCACUCAAGCUUCCAACUGCAGCUCUCUGACCUGGAGUUCAAUGAGAUCAUUGGUUCAGGCUCCUUUGGAAAGGUCUAUAGAGGCAAGUGUAAGAACCAGGUCGUUGCCAUCAAAAGGUAUCGGGCCAACACGUACUGCUCCAAGUCAGAUGUGGACAUGUUCUGCAGGGAGGUGUCCAUCCUGUGUCGUCUCAACCACCCCUGUGUCAUCCAGUUUGUGGGGGCGUGUCUGGACGACCCCAGCCAGUUCGCCAUCGCCACCCAAUAUGUCUCUGGGGGCUCCCUGUUCUCCCUGCUGCACGAGCAGAAGAGGAUCAUCGACCUGCAGUCCAAACUCAUCAUCGCCAUCGACGUGGCCAAGGGCAUGGAGUACCUGCACAACCUCACUCAGCCCAUCAUCCACAGGGAUCUCAACAGUCACAACAUUCUACUCUAUGAGGACGGGCAUGCUGUGGUGGCUGAUUUUGGAGAAUCCAGAUUUCUGUUAUCCGAGGUUGUGGACAAUAUGACCAAGCAGCCAGGGAACCUGCGCUGGAUGGCCCCAGAGAUAUUCACCCAGUGUACCCGCUAUACUGUCAAGGCAGACAUGUUCAGCUAUGCCCUGUGUCUGUGGGAGCUGCUCACUGGAGAGAUCCCCUUUGCCCACCUGAAACCUGCUGCAGCAGCUGCAGACAUGGCCUACCACCACAUCCGGCCUCCUAUUGGCUACUCCAUACCCAAACCCAUCUCUGCCAUGCUAAUGAGGGGCUGGAAUGUCUGUCCAGAGGAUAGACCUGAGUUCUCUGAGGUGCUGGCCACACUAGAGGAAUGCCUAUGCAAUGUGGAGUUGAUGUCCCCGGCUUCCAGUAACAGCAGCGGGUCCCUGUCCCCCGCUGGCUCCUCUGACUGCCUGGCGAGGGGCAGUCCUGGUCGGAGUCACGUGGCCGCCCUCCGCUCCCGCUUUGAACUGGAGUACGCCCUCAACGCCCGUGCCUACGCAGUCUGGACUCAGAGCGAGGGACGACGUGGUUCCCAAGGUCCGUCUCUGGACGAACUGAGGAGGAAUAUGCAGUUUCCACCUAUUGACCGAAAUGGGUACGUGUCAGACCCUAUGAGCACCAUGCGCUUCCACUCCAACUGCUGCAGCAACGGCAGCUUCGAGGACAGCAACUAACGCACAUGGGAAGUCUUCCAGCUCCACUAUGCACUAUUAUUGUAGGUCAUAAAGCCAUAACCUUAUUUCUAAGUUUAUCACAUAGACAUAUUGGUUGAUCUAGUCUUGAGUGUUCACUUUGGGUUAAAAAAAAAAGUAUAAGCUAUAUCGUUAUGUGUAUUUCCUAAAGCUAUUUACCAUGUUCUGUGUUUAUGGUGUUGAACUGUUUGAGUAGAUUUUUGUGGUUUUUAUAUCUUGUAAAUAUUCUUCAGAUAAGAGGCAUUUUGGGGUUUUUGAGAAUGUUUCAUAGUAUACCACCUGUAUAGUCUAUUCAGUAAAAACAUAUUUAAGCGUCAGAAUGCUUAGGCAAUUUGUGCUUUUUAUUUUCAAUAAAAUAAGAGAAAUCA